UUGGGAGGGGACGCGAGAUGUGACAGCAUGGGGCAUUCUGCAAAAUUUGGCUGUUAUUGCCUUAUUGAGCUUGGAAUAAAUAAAAUUCUAUCAGUUGAACUGGUACAGGUUAGUACAAAUUUAUUCUGAAUGUUGACUUACCUAGUGUGCGACUUAUAGAAGAUAUAUGUGCUUUUUGCUUUGUAGAGUAACGAGACAAAGAGCAGUUACCAUAUGGAGCUGGAAGGCCUCAAGCGUUGCAAGGAAGAUGUCAGUGGACUCAAUAUUCGGGCUCUUGUAACUGACAGACAUCGCCAAGUCUCAAAGUGGGUGCGAGAGUCAUGGAAGAUUUCACAUUAUUAUGACUGCUGGCAUGUAGUGAAAGGUCUGACUAAAAAAUUAGAGGCACUGGCAAAACCUAACUCCUUCCGUAUAAUCAAGGAUUGGAUCAAAAGCAUUGCCAACCACCUGUAUUGGUGUGUUGCAUCUUCAACACCGGGUGACAAGGAAGACAUCAAGGGGAAGUGGUUGUCUGGUGUGGAACAUAUCCAAAAUAUACAUGAUAACUGUUAUCAUGGUAGUUUGGAGAGAGAGAAAAAAUGGCUCAAACCAGGAAGUGAGGUUUGUGAAAGACUUGUUGAUCUUUUGACCAAGAAGCACUUUGUUAAAGAUGUUUGCAGCAUGUCUGCUCUUGGUCAGACUAGUGGACUUGAGGCCUUUCACAGCCUUGUUAAUCAAUUUGCCCCCAAGAUGUUCCAGUUCUCAUAUCGAGGAAUGCACAGUAGGAUUUAUCUUGCUGCCCUUCAUUAUAACGAGAAUGCUGGAAGACCUAGGGCUUACACAAAAGCAGGGGAACAGCGUUAUAGCAUUGCAUUCCCCAAGUACAAGAAGGGUGGUUAUUCAUUGAAAAAUGUGUUGGUAAAACCUAGUUACCGUUGAUCAGGAUAAGUAUUUCAAUUUCAAAUGCAUUGUAUGUUGAAGAUUGUUUCAACAAUUUGAUGGAGUUGGUGCUGCAAAAGCCACGGCAUAAGGCACCAUCAAGGGUAGAUGAGCCCCCACCACUCAGCGACUUGUACGAGAAACCAGUGAAAGCUGAUGCUGUCAAGACAGUUUUAUCCAGAUUUCGGCCAAAAUAAAUGUUGAAUCAUUGUUUACUGUUGUCACUGUUACUAUUGUUUUGUUUUUGUGGAAUAUAAUAUUGUAAAAAAUAAAAAAUGGAUAAAUGCAUUAAACAGUCAUCAAAAUAUUACAAUUUAUUGUUUUACUUCUUCAAUGUUGGUAGUUUGUGCCCUGCAAACACAAAAUCCUCUUCUAGACCAGGAGGAGGGAAGUGUGCCCUGAUGGAAGACACAAAACAUGAGGGGAGUACCACUCUAAUGUCUUUGCCUAGAUACUCCCAGCACCAGGUGACAAAUUGUCUGUAGGCGACAUGUCUAAAUUUGGCAUCUGUGGGCCCCUCAAAUGCCUUGCCACCAUACAGUUGCUUGUACCUGGCCCAAGCACACUGAAGGGCCCAAGGGUUGAAACAAAUGGCAUUCAGGCCAGGG